AUGACACCAGAAAGCGAUGCUACCUUAACAAUGACGUUGACACGAACAGCUACGUUAUCUUCAGAACCCUCAGCUUCAAAUGAUGUCUAUCUAUCGUGGGAGAUAUCAACACUCACUACCCAAAUGGUUCUUUCGAGCGCGGUCACUUAUGUCGUUACACUCAUCGCCACUUUGCAAGAAACUAGUACUCCAAGUUCGCCAACCUCCACAACUUCCCCCUUCACAAAUACCCUUCUAGCAUUACAAGAACAAACAUCACCUGUAUCAUCGUCAUCAAAUGUAAUACUAAACACCCCUUCAGGCUUGUCAUCAAGUUUACAAUUUGGGGAUAUUCCGACGACCUCCAAUUCUACGCAAGUAGGUAUUGCAGUAGGAGUUCCUAUUGCCAUUUUUGCUGUAUUUUUUAUUGCGUUGGGUAUGUGGUACUUUCUCCACUUACGUAGAUCAAAACGUGAGCUCAGCCAGGAUCUUGACACAUUCAGUCAAAAACUCAACUUUCUGAACCAGCACAUUUCCAGGCCGAGCUGGGAGACGUUAACGGAAAAACCAUACCCAGUGAUUUUUUCUCCAACCAACUAUUUGCUUACAGAUAAGAACCUUCAAGCUUGUGAGGAAGAGGAACCUAAGCAAGGUACGAAUAUUAAAGCUCAAUUUAAUCGUUCAAGUCAGCUAUGGUUAGUGAGAGAUAGAGAUAAAGAGUCGUUAACUUGCCCAGAAUCCAAUUUCUUCAAACGCAUGUCUGCAAUGACGCCAAUGUUUUUGAAAAAGUUCAAUAUAAGUGGUAUGUUUCAGGGGAAUAAAAAGGGAACCAAGUCACAAGUGCUUGAUGUGCCAACAACCAAAGCACCAAACUAUGCUUCUUCUGGUUUUAAUCCCCAACUCGGAUUCAAUCAUCUUGACAAUGGAUGUAUUUCAUCAGAUCAGAAUAUGUACAAUGUGAUCAAACCAUAUACAAGGGCUCUUGAUGAUGAGUUGACAAUAAGGAUUGGAGAUAAGUGCAUCGUACUUGAGAAAUUUAGCGAUGAGUGGUGCAAAAUUCAGCUCCAUAGAAAAAGCGACCACGACUCGAGUCAGAAAGUUGGAUUGGUUCCUUGGAUGUGUUUACAGAACAUAUAG